AUGGAGUCCUUGAGCGAAACAAAAUGGGACGUCGUGAUCGAAGGGACCGGUCUGCAGCAUUCUCUGCUUGCCUUAGCAUUGUCCCGCUCCGACAAAAAGAUCCUUCACGUCGACCAGAAUGAAUAUUAUGGUGCCGCCGAAGCCGCUUUCAGUCUUCAAGAGGUGGAUGGAUGGGUAGAGAGGACCAAAGGAUGUUCUGAUGGAGCUCCUUUUCGGAAUGCUACCUUGUGGAAGGCAGACGAUGAUGAGUCGACGAACUCAGAGAAGCUCGCCUUCUCUAGAUCUUAUACCCUCACGCUCUCCCCGCAAAUCAUCUACACAAAGUCGAAGCUACUUGCCCUGCUGGUGUCCUCGAAAGUCUACCGUCAGCUCGAAUUCCAAGCAGUAGGCAAUUGGUGGUUGUAUAAUGAAGUCGAUGAAGAGCUGCUGAAACGCUUGCCAAAUGGACGGGAGGAUAUCUUCCAAGACAAGAGCAUUGAUAAUAGAGCCAAGCGGAGUUUGAUGAAGUUUCUUAAAUUCAUCGUGGACUUUGAGAACCAAACGGGGAUCUGGGAAGCAUAUGGCGACAGCAGCCUUCAAGAAUUCCUCUCUUCCCAGUUCCAACUCCCACCACGCCUUCAACUUGUCAUAGCCGCCUUGACGCUGUCAUUUGACUCUCCUGAUAAGACUACCGUGCGGUGGGCUCUUCCAAGAAUAGCUCGGCAUCUGACAUCGAUGGGAAUAUUUGGGCCCGGCUUCAGUGCUGUGGUACCGAAGUGGGGUGGAGGCGCUGAGAUUGCGCAAGUUGCUUGUCGUGCAGGAGCGGUGGGAGGUGGUGUGUAUGUUCUUGGUACAGAUGUCGAAAACUCCCAGACUAUCGAGUCCACCGAAGAAGAAAUGCUGGAACAAAAGUUCAGCCUUUCUCUUUCUAAUGGGGAGACCGUUACGACACGACAUUAUAUCAAUACCAAGGACCCGACUGCUUCCGAUGGGAUUGUGGUCUCAAGGAUCAUCGCCGUCAUCUCCUCUCCUCUACUUCCCAUCUUUGCGAGCUCGACCGAGGGCUCUCCACUCGCCGCUGUUUCAGUCGUAGUCUUCCCACCAAACUCAUUCAGCCAGGAUGGUGUCUCCCUGACACACCCCGUCUACAUUAUGAUACACUCCAGCGAAACUGGAGAAUGCCCAGUUGGUCAAUGCGUCCUCUAUGCAAGUACACGAUAUUUCGAGAACAGCAAAGUGGUCCUGGAAGCAACCAUAUCCAAGUUUCUCGAGGCAGUGAAGGACAAUGUAAAGUUGUUGUAUACCCUCUACUACGAGCAACAACAAGUCACCGCAACCUCUUCCCUUGAUCUCGCCUUUGACGAUCAGAUCCUGGACAAUGUUGAAGAGCAAUGGAAGGCAGUCUCAGGUUAUGGCGAUGAUGAAGAACACCCCCCAUUCAUGCAAUUUGCAGAUAGGGAAGGCAUGAAUGCUGAUGAUGAUAAUGAUGAUGGGUAUUAA